UUCCCACCCUGGUCAAGUUCACAUCAACAAUGCGAACGCUCGUCUUAGCCGGCGACUCGCUUUCCCAAUAGCGCCUUCGUUUCGCGUUCUAGGGGUUUCCUCUCGCCUCCACCUUUUCAUGGCGUUCGAUUCUUGAUGUUUCUGACCUCCAUGCAGGGCGUGCUCUUCCAGAUCUACGCCUUGGGGCGUGCUCUUCCAGAUCUACGCCUUGGGUUAGUGUUAUUUGCCCCUUCCUUGCUUUUGCGGUGACCUUCGUCGCGGACGAAGGCAAGUUCGGCCGUGCUAUCUCCAAUCCUUACAUGGAGGUUGGCAGCUCGCAACGACCGGUAGACGGCGAGGAGGCAGCGGCUGAUGGACAUGGUUUUGGACGCGGAUAUGUUGGAUCUAAGGUUUUCAAGGAGCUCGAAUCUGUGGAGUUUAACGAAGAGGUUGAUGGUAUGCUUUUGGACCGUACGGAGGCUGGUUUCUCUGGAUCUUCCAAGGACGCUCAAGGAGACGAAGUGAACGGUCCAGAAAGUACGGAUUUCGACGAUGACAGUGUUUCUGAGGAGGUUGUUUCAGAUGGAGCGAGGGUUUUCCAUAGGGCAGUUGGAAACUGGAUGAAUGGUUUUGAACUGGGAGACAUGGUGUGGGGGAAGGUGAAAUCACACCCUUGGUGGCCUGGUUACUUGUUCAAUGAGGCUUUUGCUUCGUCAUCUGUUAGAAGAACAAGAAGAGAUGUCCAUGUUUUGGUAGCCUUCUUUGGGGAUAGCAGCUAUGGAUGGUUUGACCCUUCUGAGCUCGUCCCAUUUGACUCCCACUACGAGGAGAAGUCUAAACAGACGGCCUUGAGACCAUUUGUCAAGGCAGUUGAAGAGGCAACCGAUGAAGCAAGCCGCAGGGAAGCUCUUGGCCUUGCUUGCUACUGCCGGAAUAAAUACAACUUUGGUUCAGCACGUGUCCCAGGAUAUUUCGAUGUUGAUGUCCCUGGAUUCGAGCCUUGGGGCAUUUACUCUUCAAAACAGAUUGAGGAUGCUCGGAAAAACUUUGUACCUGAUCAAUCUCUCUCCUUUUUGAAGCAGUUGGCCUUGUGUCCACUUGAAGACAUUGUUCCUGCUAUAGAUCGGAUUAAGAACGCGGCGAAGAUGCUUGCUUACAGAUGUUCUGUCUUCGAAGAGUUUGACGAGACAUAUGCCCAAGCAUUUGGUGUAGAGCCGGUACGACCACCUCCUUUGACUGGGGCUAUGUCGGAUCAUCCUGAGAGAUUUGCCCGCCGAGCGGCGCCUUUGAGCGGUCAGCUCGUGAUGCCUGAGCCCCUCCGCCCAAAGAAAAGCUCCGCCCCUAAGCUCGCUUCUGGUCCCAAAGUGUCCAAAUCUCCAUCUGCGAAGAAGAACAAAUACGUGCUGAAGCGGAGAGAUGAACAAUUUUCUACCACUGCUACGAUCGCCGGCCCUCCUUUGCCGGACUUCACCUCUCCUACCCAGCCCUACGGCAAUUUCUACAAUCUCUUCCCCACAACUCAGCAACCCCCCACCCAACCAAGUCUCGCCUUCCAGGAUGCCUCGGUUCACGGUGACUACGUGCUCCAGAAGAGAGCUCCUUCCGUUUUCAUCGACGACAAGCUGCCGCAAACCUCCCCAAACCUGCUCGAACAGGGACUAGUCAUCUCAGAACAAAGAUCGGCCCCAUUGGGGGUGGAUAUUCCCGUUGCUAUUAGUCCUCGAAAGACGCCGCAGAUGAGCGUGAUUGAGUUCAGGAAACUAGACCCUGCUGUCUCUGGCAUAGUUGCCGAUGCUAAAGAAGAGAUCUUGUUGGCCCGGCCCAAUGACAUUAUUGUCGUCGAUGGAAUCCCAAAGGUGAAGAAGAAGAUCAAAAAGCGCCUGCGCGUGGAUGGUAGUUCCGACCCAACCGAUCUUGCCAGAAAUGCCAAGAAGAAGAUAAAAAAGAAGCACAAGGAACAGAGCACCGAAUCCGGCUUGCUACCAGAUCAUGCUAGGAUGGCGAAAGAUGACGAUCCUUAUAGGAAAUUAGCGUCCAGAUUAAAUAGCAUUGGGCCGGAGCAAUCCAAGAGAGCGGAUGCAGUCGCGCGAGCGACCUCCUUUCCCUUCUCCUUUCAACGCCCCAAGAUUGACUUGAACUCCCGCAGUCAGCAGCUACCAGAGCUGGUAGCCGACCUGCAUGAACUAGCACUCGAUCCUUUUUACGGAAUUGAGCGCGACGCCUCGGGGGUUGCGCUGCAUGUCUUCCUCAAGUUCCGGUCGAUGGUCUACCAGAAAAGCUUGGCUCUUUCUCUCUCCAGCGAGGAUGACGCCGUGGAGGUCCAAGCUCCCAAACCUCCUAGGUCGCAGCAGGAGUCUGUUGGUGGGACCGCGGAGAUUACUCCAGUGAAGACAGCUAUGGAGGGCAAGGAGCCAACUGCCUCUGCGAAGCCACCAAAAGCCGGAUUUAGGUCCGACGAUCCUGUUGUGGCAGGACGGAAACGCACUCCAUCUGAUCGAGAAGAGGAUAUGAGCGCAAAGAGGCAGACAAAAGUAAACAAAGUCAAGGCUUUGACCAUUGAAAAGAAAUCGUCGAUCAGUAAGAAGCGCAACCUGAAGGACGCAGGCAGCGCCUCCACGACGACGAUGCCUGCAGUAGCCGCAAUGCAUAGUGUGACAGCGAAACCUAGCAAUGCCAAAACAAUGGAGCCCGUCAAGAAGCAAGAACCUCCCCCGCCUCGAGUUCCCUGUCCGACUACUCUCGUGAUGAAGUUCCCACCUCGGACGACGCUUCCAUCCAUCGCCUCCUUGAAAGCGAGGUUCACCCGCUUCGGGCCGCUCGAGCUCCCCGACACUCGCGUGUACUGGAAAUCCUACACCUGCAAGGUGGUGUACAAGUUCAAGCCCGACGCAGAGGCCGCCCUCAAGUACGCCCGCGCCAACAAAAUGUUCGGCCAGGUUAAGGGACACUUCUAUCUCCGCGACGCUGACACACAGUCCCAGGAACCGUCCGCUGAUGCCGGUGGGAAGAAGCUGGAGUCGCGACAAGCUGAAGGUGUCCAAUUCCGACCCGGGAGCAACCCAACCACCUCGUUGAGGCUGUUGCUAAAUCCAAACCACAAGCCAGGGCUGCUCAAAUCCAUUCUGAAGAAGCCUGGUGACGAUGCUGGCCCUACCACCACCAUCAGCAGCAGCAGCAGAGAGACGCCCCGUGUAAAAUUCAUGUUGGACAAUGUGGACGGGAAGCCAGGAAUGUCGCCGGCUGUUGCAGGAAGCAGCUAUAGUCGUAGCGAUGCUGAACCACCCCCCUUCUCCCUUCCUCUAGAAUCCGUCAUCAAUAACACUACAAAAUCAGGUGCUUUUCUUCCUCCACCACCGCCGCUGCCGCUAUCGGCGCUUCAUUCCUAUCCUUCAAGGACUAUUGAUAACUCCCCUUAUAUACCCCCACCGCCGGUGACUCCAGCUUCAUCUGCUUCCUUCGGACUGCCUCCAGUGAACCGGGUGGCGAUGGAUCGUGUGCCCCCGCCGCCGCCGUCUUCCCUUCGUGGGCCUCGAUCUGCCGAUCCCCAGACGCAUAAUUAUAGACAGUAUGGCGAGGGGGAGGGUAGACCCAUGGUGAACAAGGAGUUGGCGAACCAAAUGCUGAGCCUUAUGGUUAGGUGCAGCGACAUUGUGAGCAGUAUCAAAUCGUCGCUAGGGUACGUUCCAUACCACCCGCUGUAGGAGGGAGGGAAGCGUCGUGGUGCAGUCAGCCAUGAAGUAACGAGGUCAUGCUCUCCUCGUCGCGUCCUGAAUUAGUUAAUGCAGGCAAUGCUCAACGCUGGUGUGUUUGAUUAUUAGCUUAGCUUCUGGACUUAUACAAAACAUUAGAGAUUCUUAAUAAUGGAUGAUUCAGCUGGUUUGCCUCUGCAAAUCUCGUCAAACGGUAAAAAUUUCACCUCAGCAAACAGAGUGCAGUUUUUCUCGUCUUAAAAAAAGGUGCUUAUUCGUGAAGGAGUUGUCUUGAAUCAAUCAUAUAAGCUUGAUGAGUUUUUAUUUAGUUAGUUGUAUAUUCAAGGGUUGGCUUUAUGACUUAUUUAGUUAGUUUAUAUGAUUAGCGAAAUUA